CUGGCGCGAAACGCGCUACUUUUAUUUGUAAGUCAGUCAGCUGACAGCUGCCUGUACACUGUUGUGGUGCCGCAACAAGGAGCUGGUUUAUCGGGUUCCACAGGAGUUUCUCAAAUCUAACUAAGAGAAGAAAGUGAUUUGUGUGGUACAAGUAACCAGCGCGGACGCAACACGGCGUGACUAUGACAGUGCUGGUGAUGGAUACAAAGUGUUGCACGUAGUGAGGUUAAAUAAUUACCCAUGUCCGCCACGCCGCCCGUACGCCGCCGCGUUCACCCGGCGGUGACGAUCAGGAGAGCACAGAGUGAACGUCGCUACCUAAACCCAUGGCAGGUGUCAUGGCCCCAGCCACCCCUGCACCCUCCACUGCUGCACCACGACCCGGUGCGUGGCUCCACUUGGACCUGGGUUGACCACCACCACCACGCUCCACGCACCGCCUUCAUCCCUCCCGUCAGUGCCCAACAGCCAUGCAUGAUGGGCCACCCCCAGGCCGUCUUUGCAGAGGCGGGGUCAGUCAGAUACCAGCCAUCUCUGUCAUGCGCCCAGUUGCCGCCCAUAGCACUAGGCGCCCCUCCCAUGCUGCCGCCCAUGACUCUGGAGGAAAGGCUAGCACAAGACAGGCUGACAGCUUUCCUCGCGGGAGAAACCCUACCACAUCGGCCGCGCUCUAUACUCUCGUGUCCCGAGUCACCGCUGUACGAGUCACUGCUGUCAUGCUUCAAUGAACCUGAGGACACAGUCACCCUGCCGGAGACAGAGGUCGAACACGACUAUCAACAAAUCGAGGUGGUAGAUGGGGCUCCCCGAGGGCAGAAAAGCGGGAGCGGGGAUGUGACAGCCAAAGAAAACAAAUCUCCUGAAAGAGGUUCCACUGGCCAAAACUCGCCUGAUGGCCACCCGGAAUCACAUCGUCACCCUCAAAAGACUCUUCUCACCAAGCUGAACACCCUUGAUGUAAGGCCGGAGAGACACGGCAAAGAAAAUGAAGCAGCUCAGGAGAGUAAAUACUGUUGUUCCUCCCGGAAGGAUGUUUUAGAUACGUCUCCUUCAGCGAAGACAAGGAAACAUUCCACACAGUCCAUAUCAUCUCAAGAAAGCCAAAAGAGUGCCAAUUACACACUAAGUUCUUUGUCAGGAGAUACUACGUCAGUUAUUUCUGACUCAGAUACUUAUCAGGAACUUAGUCAGCCUUCCACCGUUAUUUAUGUAUCAAGUGGUAAGAGGAAUGUUGUGACCAGUGAAGGGUCACAUGGUUCCGAAAGCAGCGGCAUCAAGUCAAGCUCGAAACACAACGGAAACAUUCGGAGGAGCAACAGUCAACACCACGGCAACACACACGGCAGCCAUGCGUCAUCUUCAGGCUCCUCUAACGUCACCUAUAAAACAUCUCAUAUAUCACGAUCCAACAGUGCUGACGUCAUGAGUCAUGAUGAGAUGAUGGGGCGAGGCAAGCCACCAGCAGCCUUCCCUCCUUUGACUAUCGAACUGCCAGAAACCAAGACAACCAGCUGGAAGUACGAGCAGCAGGUUUCCGUCAAGAAGGCCGCACAGACUCGUCACAACGACACUCCCUAUAUCAUCACAACUCUGGACCCGCCCAUUAAGCGAUCUUCUCACAAGCAUCACAACACAACCUCCUCUCCAGAGCCUCGCCCUACUGACAUACCACCUUUAGUAGUGAACUUUGAUUCCGAGGACUCAGUAAGUGAGGACGACACCGUGUAUGAGUUCCGUGACGCUUAUUGGAGCAGUGCAGACGGCAACACCUCCAUGUACAUGGCAGACAGUGAUACAAGCUCCGUGUAUUCCUCUAUCGGGGAGAUCUACUCAAUGUUCGUCACGGAGCCCGACGCGCUGGUGUACGUGUAUCGACCGCCGCCACGCCCUCGGGAUCACGGCCACCACAGGACCUCCACCCUCAGCUACAGAUUCCCGGCCUAUGCAAUUACCAGGGACAUCGGAAGCAGCGGCUGCAGCAGCGAGUCCGAGUCGUCCUGGGGCGGCACUGUGUCCUUCGUGGAACCUUCCUACCGCCACUCUAACCUUUCCGUGGGGUCAAGAGGUCACCUGAAGUUUGAUUACUCGUGCUCAUGGAAUCGAUUGGAUGACUUCGUAAGAACGGCUAAGCCCAAGGAUGAAUAUUCGCGCGACUACAGGCAGCAUUACAGGUGCCCAAGAGACUGUACACCCGAGUAUAUGACGUCUUCUGCAGCUUUGCCCUCGCCCUGGGAGAGAUUCACCGAUACGGCGGCGGGUUAGCUUGGCCUUGGUCAGGCUGCAGUUCUUUGGUCGACGCCUCGAGGAGUUAGGGAGUCACUGAAACUGUAAAACGAUUUGAUAGAUAUUUGUAUGGUAGAAUGAAUAAACAAGACUUCCACCAGAAGGUAAGGCUCAAGGUAAGGAGGACCCCCAUCUCUGAUGAAUAAAAUGAGCGAGGAAUUCUUCACUAUGGACCCCAAAAUAGCUUGGCCUUCUGUUGCCCCUGAGAUUGCUCAGGUUUGGAGGAAGGUAUUAUGGUGAGAUGGCGACAAGAGCAAACCUGGUAAGCGGUGUGGAAUGGAAACAAGUGAACCAGAUGUUUAUCUAACUACUGAUAAUUUUAAUGAUAUUGCUAUCAACACCAACAUUUACUAUUUGUAAAAAAAAAUUAUGCUACUAAGUAAUUUGUUCCUCUCUCUCUCUCUCUCUCUCUCUCUCUCUCUCUCUUAGUUACGGCUUGUGGGGGAACUGUUCAGAGAGGCGGCCUUCAGCCUACCAACAAAUAAGUUGGAAAUGUCAGUUGACAAAGUCAACGAAGUGAUUGGUCACACGUCACUAAAUGGCAAAUGUGCGUCCUUUGCCGAGUCGAUCGUCAUCAACCGACGUAUCCCCAACAGAGCUGCCUUGACACGACCAGUGAAAGCGGGCCACGCGGAUUUCCUUACAUCCUUCUAUCAAAAUGUCUUUGGGUGAUUGGAACAAAGGUUCCCUUUGAGAGAGGUUAAGGGAGGGCACCGAUAUCCAGAAAGGCGAUGCUUGAGUCCCGCGCAAAUCUCAUGCUUUCGUUGGAAUAAAUUGCCAUAUGCUUUAUAUCGUACUAGAGAGGAAAUGGUUCGUGUUCUGUAAAUAUUAGUUACGUUAUGAUUAUUCUUUUUAAUUCAGUCUGCCAAUACCAUUUAUUUGAAAUUAUUCUUACAAUUUAUUCAUAAGACACUGCGGUGCCGUGCGCCUCAUCGGCCAGUGUGUGCGUGCCCUCUGUCCCAUUAUAAAGAAAUACCAAUUUGCUUCCGUCUGUUUUAUUUUAUUUAAACAUGCAUGAGAGAAAGGAAGGUUUUUUUUCAAGGCUUGUGGCUGCAAACACAUGAUCAAUGGUUGUCACGCCGCCGUUGUGCAGACCACUGCCUUGUUAAAUCGCUGCUCGCUGCGUGUGUGGAUGUUUGUUCGCCACUCUUAUUCUGUAAACGUGUGUGUGUGUGUGUGUGUGUGUGUGAGGAACCAUUUUGAUGGUUUGAUAAGUGUGGGUUAACUGGUAAUCCUUUCUUGGCUACAUUUUCCUUGUUGAAUUUCACAGACGUGAGACACAAUUCAUCAUCAUUGAGUAACAAUGUUGUUAUUGCUAAAAAAGAGUUGAUUAAAACCUUGAUGAAUGAUAUCGCAGAAUAAUAGUAAAUACAUUAUCGUGAAUUAACAAAUGGCAACUCACUGUGUAGGGAUGUCUCCUAGUAUUAUUUUUUCAUUAUCUUUUUUCGUACAGUCUUCCCGUGUACAGGAUUCCCUGUAUUGAUGUAAGCAUUCCUAUAAGAAUAAAGUUACAUAUUCUGAAAA